UUCAAUCAAUUGCAAAAAUGUACAAACAAAUUGAGUAAAGCAAUAAACAAAAACUAGUUUAGUGCUGGUAAGUGUACAAUUUGAAAAGUAAACAAGAAAUGUGACAGUGUUGUAAAGUUAGCUCAAAACUUUGUCAUAGACUAUGUCUCUGCAGUUUAUUUUGCUUCACGUGAAAUUUGUGUAAUCGUGCAAAGGUAACUUGUAAACCCGUUCCCAGGUAGCUAUAUUACCAUCAAUUUGUCAAAUGAAUUCGAAUACGCUUAAUCAGAAGUCAUUCAUACCAACACCACCGGAGAAGGGCAGUUUUCCACUUGAUCACGAAAGCAUUUGUAAAAAAUACUAUCUGCUGUACAUGAGCUGUUUGCGUCGAAACAACGAUAACAACUCCAAGUGUCGCCAAGAAGCUAAAGAAUACUUAGGUUGUCGCAUGCAAAACAAUUUGAUGGAGCAAACCCAGUGGUCCAAGCUGGGCUUUGAAGACGAGAGUAAAACAAAAACCAAGGACAAUAACAGAAACUAAUUGCAAUAAACCAAAUAAAACUCAAUAAAUAUCAAAAUAAGAUUUAAUAAAUAUUCGAAGCAACCAAAUAGAAGCUAUGAUGAGACCUCAAAAGAACAUACUAAUCGGUGUCACAGGAAGUGUGGCGACUAUCAAACUGCCAUUGCUAAUUGAAAAAAUACAAGAAUACGAGAAAGACUAUACCAUAAAU